UUUCUACGGAAAUACUUCUCUGAAUUUCUCAACAAACAUGGUAUAAAUAGGCAAUGUUUAAUUUCCAAAACCAGUGUCAAGUCAGUCCUUGAACAAUCACCUCUAAAAUGGCCAAGUGCGCUUUGUUAUUCCUCUUCGCUCAGGCUCUGCUCAUCCAGAGCAUCUACGGCCAGUGCGUCCGUCCCGUCAACAGCUGCGGUGGAGUAUCAUACGGUGGACUUAACGGAAUCGGUGGCUUGCCCUACGGUGGACUCGGCGGGAUCGGUGGCUUGUCGUACGGUGGACUCAAUGGCAUCGUCGGCAACAACUACGGGGCUUCCAGCUACGGUGGCUACGGAGGCUCUGGGGUUGGUGAGAUCGCUGCCCUCGGCUCCCUUGGGGUUGGUGGUCAGACCCUAAUCGAAGGGAACCUCCCGACCAGUGGAGCCGUCACCUUCAGUGCCAACCUCCCCGCUGCCGGUCUGGUCACCAUCGUGGGCAACAACCCUGGCAUCUGCAGCUGCGCUUGCCCCAACCUGGCUUACUACUGAUUUGAAAUGAUUUGAGCACGAAAUAAAUUACACAUUGCAUCAAUUA